AUGGUUUCAUCAAAUCCACUUCUUGUUCUUCUUCUUUUUACUCUACUUUAUCAUAACUCUAGCCUUGAAGAUCUCUUGAGUGACCAACCAAAUGGCUUCUACUUACCUUUCGAAUCAAAUCUCUACGUUGAGAUCACCAUUGGAUCCCCAACAAAAACCUUCAACCUCAAGCUAGACUCUUCCACACAUCUCACAUUCCUCGAAUGCGAUCCUUGCGACGAUAACCACAAAUGCUACGACAGAAAAUCCUCCAACACCUUCUCUCCAAUCUCCUGCAACAACUCCUCUCUCUGUCCUCUCUCCUCCAACACCACCAAUCCUUACAAUGCAACAACAAGAACAGAAACAUCUCUCUCUCUUCUCUGCACUCCUUCCAAUUUCUGCCGCUACGACGUCUCUUCUUUCAGCGCCGGCUACCUCGUUUCCGACACUCUUCAGCUGACUUCCUCGAUCACCGACCAAGAAAACUCUCUAUCUGUUGUUCACGGGUUUGUGUUCGGCUGCGGGACUAGUAACGGUGUCCUGCCGGAAGAUGACGGAGGUGGCGUCGACGGGAGAGUUAGUCUAACGGCUCAUCGUUUCUCGCUCCUCUCUCAGCUUCGAGUCACCAGAUUUUCCCACUGUUUAUGGCCUUCCUCCGCAGGAUCGCGUAACUACUUACGUCUCGGAUCAGUGGCUGCGUACGGCGGCGAUAUGAUGUUGGUUCCGAUGUUAAACAUGACUGAGAGCAACUCUUACUCGUAUCACCUAGCUAUCUUUGGGAUCAGUCUUGGGCAACAGAGAUUGAGAGGCAACGAGACUAGUACAAUAACAAUAGAUAUUGGAACGUACUAUACGAGUCUAGAGACAUCACUCUACGAGGAGUUGAAAGAGGAGCUCAUGACGCAGAUUGGACCAACGGUUGCUUACAAAGUGAACGAACUAAUGUGUUUCACAACCGAGGUCGGCGUAGAGAUAGAUUCAUUGCCUAAGCUCACUCUCCAUUUCCAAGGAUUCAAUUACACAGUCUCAAAUAGAGGACUUUAUCUCCGAGACAGCCCAUCUUCUCUCUGCAUUGCUUUGGUAAGAUCGUCCGUGGAAGAAGGGGAAAGGAAUGUGCUUGGAGCGUCAGGACUUAUUGACUAUGCAGUUGGAUAUGAGACUUCAGAGAGGAUGCUUGCUUUUCAACAAAAGGAUUGUUUGGUCGAUUUCGUUGAUGGUAUGUAG